GAACUGCGGCGGUGCUCGUCUUGGGUCCCAAUUUCCAAACCAUGUGGUGGACCUUUAACCCUCUCCUUAUAGCUUUUCAAUUGAUUUCGCCUGCCGAUUUGAAUGUUCAUUCUUUUUGGGCAGAUCAUUUCAUUCCCUUCAUGGGUUUUGAUUGAUUGAUGUAUUUCUGCUUCUGGGUUCUUGGGUUCUGAGCUCAACCAUUCUUGAUGUGUCAAUGAAUUCAUAGUUACUAUUCAAGAUUUUGAACUUCAUAAACUGAAGAAAAAAUCAAAUGUUAUUUAGGAAAUUUUGAUCUAUCCGAGUACGGAGAUAGGGAAUGGAUUUAUGGGUUGUUGCAGCAGCAGCUGGUGCUGGGUAUUUAGCUAAGUACUUGUCUGGGGAAUCAGAAUUAUCUUCUGGGAAUUCGACUCCCCGGCAAUCUGAUUUCAGAGAUUUGCUGCAGCAGAUUCGGGACCAAACAUCUCCUUUCCGCAGAUGGUUGCGAAGAAGACUAGAGAAAGAAUCUUCAGAGAGAGGGGAUGACAUUUCAGAUGAGCAGCUUAAUGAUGCUUCUACCAGUGGCAGUGGUGCUACAAUGUUGGCAAAUGUAGGGAAUUAUGAGAAUUAUAAUGUGCUUACGAUGACUAGUUUGCUUCCAGAAUUCCAAGGAAAACAAAGUUGUCAGGAGGGUUCAGUUGGUGAGGGUUUUGACAAUUGUGGUGAUGUUUUACCCAAAUCUGAUACCAAUAGAUUAUCAAGAAGAAGGCCACUAAGAAGUAGGUGGUCUCAUGAGUUUUAUGCUAAACCACUGAACUCUUUAGAAAGUUGCCUUACUGCCCAGCUGUAUAGAGAUCAAGAAAGAGGGGAAGAUUACUUGAUUAGGUCAGGUCCACCAUCACUUACACAAACAGUGAGGCCGUUGUUGGUUACUGAUGGGAACAGGAGAAUGAUAAGAGAGGGUAUUGAUUCACUUGGCGUACGGGAUGGUGGUAAAGAACGUAGGGUUAAGAACAAAGUUGGGAUCUCCUUGGAAGAUACUAGUAGCACAUCUUUGGGAACCCAUUCACCGCAACAAAUUGGUAUUGUGGAGCUCGUAAGGAAACCAGAACAAAGGAUUGGAAAGGGGCAGUUGAGCAGUUCCACAACACGGUUAUCUGUUGGAACAUUUCCUUCGCAAGGCUCACCCGAAGGAAUGCUACUCUUCAUUAUUGGGAUCACUAUUGGCAUAAUAUCAACCAUCAUAUCAAAUAAAAAAGAAAUGGACGACCUAAGUGAAAUGUUGAAGCAGAGUGAGAAUUUGGUGAGAGAUUUGCAAGAGGAGCUUGAGAUGAAAGCAAUGCUAACUGUGAAGGAGAUAGCUGGUGAAUACCAUCAGUCCCAGGUGACAACUGAUUGUUCCUCCAGCAAUCCAGAACCCAUUGCAUCUUCCUCUAAACAGAAAUCUGCAAAACACGAGAGGAAAGAGCUGGAUGAUCAGGAAGUAGAGAGCCAUGAGUUAAUGAGUAAAAUUGAGGCAGAACUUGAAGCUGAACUGGAGAGGUUGGAACUAAACAUGAAAGCAUCUACUUUGGAAAGUAUAUCUGAUUUUGUUGAGCUCAAUCCAGACUUUGAAGCAGAGGUGAUUCAAGGAGACUUAAAAGUAGGUUUGGUGCAAUCUCGAUCAGACUCAGAUGCAAGUUGGACCCCUGCCGACCACACUCAGACUGCAAACUAUGCAGUCUCACCUAGGGAGCUGAGCUUGCGACUUCAUGAGGUAAUUAAAUCGAGACUUGAAGCACGAAUAGAGGAGCUAGAGGCAGCUCUUCAAAACAGCCAGAAAAAGGUGCAGUCUCUCAAAUGGCAACACCGAAUCUCUCAGACGAAUAUGGCCUCAUCAACCCCAGGAAGCCCAAACGUAAAUGAAGUCUAUGAAAUGGACCAACCUUUUGAGAUAAAUUUGUCAGGGGAAGGUUUGGAUGCUCGCAGUGAGGCUUAUGAUGAGAUAAUCUGGGUGGCAGAUUCAAAUCAAGAAACGCCAGAUGCAGCAUGUCGCAAUAGCCAUAUUGAGGAAGUGAUUCCUCGUUAUCAUAAACGACUUGGCGAGGGUCAAAAUAAGGGUCGUGAUAAUUUGAUCGGGACGUUGGAAGAGCGGAUAUUAAGGAGUCGGGGAUCAAGUGAAGUUGCUGCGGAGAGUGAAGAUGGAGAAAGCGAUGAUGAACUUCUGAUAAGACAAAUAGUGAAGAAAUCCAGGCAAGGGUUGUCCACGGUUUUGAAUUCUAGUUAGAUGUAUUCCAUUGAUUGACAAUGAGAAACAAAUAUAGGAUUAUAGAUAGGCAAUGUACAAAUCAUUUGAACAUAGAAUAGAAAGAAUGGCAGAUGGAGGUCUUCCUUAUUGUCUAGAAAAUGGAAAAAUUUCAGGUCUCCCAACAAAAGUUGUGGUUGGACUGGUAUAAUCUGUAUAUUGCAGGUCUUCAUAUAAUGCCUUUCUUAUUUA